GAUCUGCUUGUUCAAAAUGGCGUCGUUGAAGUAUACUCAUGCCGUUGUAAGUCGUAUACCAAAUUCGUUUAAAUCUAAGGAUAUUAAUUUUGAAGAAGCAAAGCGACAGCACGAAAAUUAUGUGCGGUUACUUCGGAAUAUCGGAUUGGACGUCAUAGAACUCCCACCUGACGAAUCUUUACCAGAGUGUGUGUUUGUUGAGGACACUGCAGUUGUUUGUAAUGGUAUUGCAUUGAUUACAAGACCUGGAAAUCCUGCCAGAUUAAAAGAGGUAGAAACUAUAAGAGCAGUCCUAAAAAAAGAAUUAGACCUUCCCAUUGUUGAGAUCAGUGAUGAAAAUGCCAAGCUAGACGGUGGUGAUGUGUUGUUUACAGGUAGAGAAUUCUUUGUGGGCUUAUCUAAGUGGACAAAUGAAGCAGGAGCAAAGGCAGUGGCUGCUGCCUUCCCUGAGUAUCCUUGCACGCCUAUCAAGGUUGGAGACACUCAGCACCUGAAGUACAUGGUCAGCAUGGCAGGGCCUGAUGUAUUCUGUAUCAGCAUGAGCAAAUCCUCCCAGGAAGUUCUUAAAAGGAUUCAGAGGGAGGCGACAUAUGGCUACCAAUUACUAACGGUACCUGAAGAGGUGGCGGCCAAUGUUCUGUACAUCAACGGCACCCUCAUACACAGGGCGGACGAAGAGAUCCCGGAAAGUGCCAAGGUGUUCUACAACAGGAUAGACUUCUCCAGACAUGCCGUCAAUGUCUCAGAGCUAGCGAAGACUUCCAACAGCGGACUUAGCUCUUGUUGUCUGUUACUACGGAGAUCUAGACACAUUCGCAGUCUUUAAAAUUGCAUCUUAUUGUGUAUCUCUUCCCUUCUGCCCUUAGUGCAAACCCAAUUUGAGUGAGUGAAAUCAGUCAAAGUAAUCUAAGUAAAACACAAAUACAUGAAACAAGGUUUUGUUAAAUAAUCGUGGUUAGUCUAAAAUACAGAGUUAAUAGUAUUAAUUUGAAUACCGUACCUUGUACCAAAGAUAAUAAUUAUUUGGUGGUUUUAUAAAAAAAAAUUACCAAGUGACCUGCCAAUAACUUGUGCAGUACUUUCUUGAUAUAAAUUUAGUGCUUGGGUUUGCACGAUUCCUUAUCCAUUCCCUCUUGUAUUCAAUGGUGGCUACCACAACGCUUAGCUUGGAUCUGUCCUGAUGUCAAACAUCCUUAGAUAUAAGCUACGUUCAAAACUAUCUUCCUUUGAAUGCAACGUGUAUGUGAAUUGUUAAUUAUAGCUUUUUCAGAUAGGACUCAAAAUUCAAAGAGUUUAAACUGAACGCUGAAAGCUUGAAUUACUCUUAGUUUUAAAUAUCAAUAUUUUUCUGCAUUAGUAUUUUUUCAAAAUCACAUACUAUAUGUGUAAAUCUUUUGAAGUUUUUUAAAAAAUUCAAAGAUGUUUCAUUUUUAAAAUUGUGGUUGUAUGUCAGUAAGGUGAUAAAAAUUGGUAAUUUUGUUUGGUUAUUGAAACUUAACCCACCAGGAUGGAUAGCCAGUAGGAUACUGAAUGAAAAUUCAGGUUAUAAUUUUAUACCAAGUUAUUAUCUCGUAAGUUGGUGUUUAAGUACAAUGUAGAAUGUCUAAUUGCGGAUUAGAAUUGAAAAUUAGCUAAUAGCUACCCAAAUUGUCUUCCCCCAAAUUUAGUUGUGACAAUAGAGAUUAUUGGUGUAAUUGUUCUUAUAAAAUAAGAGUAAAUAGCAUUUUAAGAACAAUGAGUGUUUGUUUUUAUUGAGACAAAUGUGUUAGAAAAAAGUACAAUUUCUAGCUUUAGAAAUGAAUAUAAUUUAUUUUUUACAGUUUUUACUUGUGUUAUUAAAUAUUUUUGUUUGUUAUUCCAAUAAGGUCCCAUAUAUAAAUACUUUACUUAGGCCAAGUUUAUUAAUUUACCUUAUAUUAUUUAUUAUAAAAAUGCAUAACUGAUAAACUUAAUAUUUGUUCACAAAGCAAAAGAACCGAAGAAAAUAUGAAGCUUCUCUUUUGUUUGAAAUCGUAGUAAUAGUUUAUUAAGCUGUAUUUGUGUAAUAUUUUUUAGUGUUUAUUAACAAACAAUUUGUCAAAGUCAAACUCACAAAGCAUUCAAUUUCACCUUGUAUUUAGUUCAAUCAAAAAUGUGACUACAAACUACAACUUAUAUUAAAUUAAUAUAUUGAGUAAUUUGAGUUCAAAAUAGUUGUGGGAUCUAUACCCCUAAAAACUAUUUUACUUUUGCAUUUCAAGCUUUGGUUUAUUAUUUAUGGCUUUUUGUUAUGUAAGUAAGCUUUCAUUCAAUGUUAUUGUAACUACUGCCAGCGUAUAUUAAGUGUCUUAUUUUGCAAAACAUUGACCAAACUACUUAGGGGAUUUUAGUUGUACUAGUAGAAUAUAAACUAUUAUUAAAAAAAAAAACUAAAUUAAUUUAUUAGUUUUAUCAAGAAACAACCUUACAACGUGUUUUGGUCAUGUUAUUUUUAUGCCACUCUUAUAAUAAAUUACAUGUUUAGUUAUUGUUCAACACUUAUCAUUGUUAAUAGAAAAUAUUUUAAUCUUGUGGGACUUGAUACAUCCAUUGCUUGUCAGGAUGUGAUAAAACAUAUUAAUUAUGAUUCAUAUUUGGGGUUUGUUAAAUAAACUUGAGAUUGCCUAGCUAGCUAUAUCAUGUAAUUUGCAUGUCUUUGUUCUAUUAGUUGUGCAAGAGAAGCCAAUUAAACAUAAAGCACCAAAUUAUUUAAACAUUUUAAACAAAAACAGAAAACAAAAAUUUAAUAACUCUGUAAAACAAUGUGAAGUACAGCAAAUGUAGCUUACUACUGGCUGCAAUCAAGCCCGGUAAUCUUGUAUUUGUAGAAUAAAAUACAUUUCUUCUCUAAUUUAAUAAAACAAAUAAUUUGUGUUUAUUGUUUAACUAGUUCUCAUUCAGUACAUGCCGUAUUCGUGAACAAAACGUCAAUUUAAUUUUCCUUACUUGUUAAAAAAAUGUAAUUAUGUAUUUUUAUGAAUAAUUUGUUCAACAUUCUAAAUAGUGCAUGCAUGUCAAUAACUAAGAAGUAAUAGUGAUGAUUUAGUACAAAAAAUAUCAUUAGUGUUGAAAUCAAGUAAAAAAUUGUAGAAAACAAAUCAAAAUCUUUACAGAAUUUGAACCUUUUAAAAAAAUCAUUGGUUUUAAUUUAACUAUUUAUAGGCCUAUAAUGUUGCAAAUUGAGAUUUAAAGUGUCAUAAAUAUAAAAAUUUGACAAUGUUUUUUUUUAUUAAUGAAAUAUAAUUUACCAUAUUUAAGCAUGUUAGAUGUUUGAUACCACCACCCCAUAGAGUACCGUUAGACGUUGUGUGGAAUUGUUAGAGAUAUUUACACUGUAACUGAUGUAAAUAGGAAAAUAAUAGUUGUGAUUGACUACCAAGGGAACAAUAAAUAAAUUAAAUGCAUUUAAAUUGAGUUUGUAAGUUUUCAUAUUUUAUAACUGAUGAAAGACUGAAUUGAUUGUUAUAUAUUUUUAUGUUAUAAAAAGUAAAAAUUGUAAAAGACAGUAAUUAUUUAUCACACAAGCAUAGGUUAUGAACACCAAUAUUAUCUUUCUCGCAUUAUGCUUUUGUUAUAUUCACUGACUUAGUCUUUCGCUGUAUUGUGACACAGUGUGCAAUCAAAAAUUAAAUAUGUAAU